AUGGCCUCCACCGUCGCGCCGCUGAACACCGACCUGGACGUGCCGGUCAGCACAACGGAUCAGACCAGCGGUGGGACGGCGGCCAACCCAAAUGUCCCGGUGGUGUGCUACUCCAACCUGAUGAUGACCGCCAACGGCAUGUGGCAGGGCGACGGCGUGAACCCGCUCGAGUUCUCCCUCCCGCUCUUCAUCGUCCAGGUGGCCGUCAUCGUCGCCACCACCCGCCUCCUCGUCGUCCUCCUCAGGCCCUUCCGCCAGCCGCGCGUCAUCGCUGAGAUCCUCGCCGGCGUGCUGCUGGGCCCAUCGUUGCUGGGGCAGAAUCAGGUGUGGGCCAGCAUGGUGUUCCCUUUGCGCAGCCUGCUCACGCUCGAGACGGUGGCGCACCUCGGCCUCCUCUACUUCCUCUUCCUCGUCGGCCUCGAGAUGGACAUCGACGUAAUCCGCAAGUCGGGGAAGAAGGCGCUGUUCGUCGCCGUGGCUGGCAUGGCGCUGCCCUUCUGCAUGGGCAUCGCCACCUCCUUCAUCUUCCGGCACCAGGUCUCCCGCAACGUGCACCAGACAUCCUUCCUGCUCUUCCUCGGCGUCGCCCUCUCCGUCACGGCCUUCCCCGUGCUCGCCCGCAUCCUCGCCGAGAUCAAGCUGCUCAACACGGACCUCGGCCGCACAGCCAUGUCUGCCGCCAUCGUCAACGACAUGUGCGCCUGGAUCCUGCUCGCGCUCGCCAUUUCCAUCUCCGACGUGAACAGCACGGCGAUCUCGGCCCUGUGGGUGCUCCUCUCCGGGGUGGCCUUCGUGGUCUUCUGCAUAUUCGCCGUGCGGCCCGCGAUGUGGUGGCUCGUCCGACGCAUCCCCGAGGGCGAGACCCUGAGCGAGGUGCAGGUCACCCUCAUCCUCACAGGCGUCAUGCUCGCCGGCGCGUGCACCGACGCCAUCGGCAUCCACUCCGUCUUCGGCGCCUUCGUUUACGGGCUGGUCAUCCCGAGCGGGCCGCUCGGCGUGACGCUGAUCGAGAAGCUGGAGGACUUCGUCACGGGCCUCCUCCUCCCGCUCUUCUUCGCCAUCAGCGGCCUACGCACCGACGUUACCAAGAUGCGCGACCCUGUCACCGUCGGCCUGCUCGUGCUCGUGUUCGUCAUGGCCAGCUUCGCCAAGAUCAUGGGCACCAUCAUCAUCGCCGCGCUCUACACCAUGCCGUUCCGCGAGGGCAUCGCGCUCGGGUUCCUCAUGAACACCAGAGGACUCGUGGAGAUGAUCGUGCUCAACAUCGGGAGGGACAAGGAGGUGCUAGACAACGAGUCGUUCGCGGUGUUGGUGAUGGUGUCGGUGGUGAUGACGGUGCUAGUGACGCCGGUAGUGCUCAGCGUGCGCCGGCCGUCGCGGCGGCUCGUCGGGUACAAGCGGCGGAACCUGCAGCGCAUCCGGCACGACAGUGAGCUCCGUAUGCUGGCUUGCGUGCACACCACCCGCAACGUGCCGUCUGUGUUGUCGCUGCUAGAGCUCUCCAACCCGUCCAAGCGCUCCCCCAUCUUCAUCUACGCGCUCCACCUCGUCGAGCUCACCGGCCGAGCCUCCAACAUGCUCGCCGCCGCGGCCGCCGGAGCCUCGAGCCGGACAACCUCAUCCUCUUCCUUGCCUGCCGCCACGGAGCACAUCUUCAACGCCUUCGAGAACUACGAGAGGUGCACAGGAGGCGUGUCCAUCCAGACGCUGGCGGCGGUGUCGCCUUACCAGAGCAUGCACGACGACGUGUCCGUGCUGGCGGAGGACAAGCACGUGUCGCUCAUCGUGAUCCCUUUCCACAAGCAGCAGACGGUGGACGGCGGCAUGGAGCCCAUCAACCCGUCCAUCAAGGGCUUCAACGAGAGCCUCCUCGCCGCCUCCCCGUGUUCGGUCACCAUCCUCGUCGACCGCGGCCUCAGCGCCGCCGCGGCGCGCAUGUCGGCCGAGCACCGCAUCGCGCUCUUGUUCUUCGGCGGGCCCGACGACCGCGAGGCGCUCGCCUACGCGUGGAGGAUGGUCGAGCAUCCCGGCGUGGCCCUCACCAUCGUGCGCUUCCUCCCGCCGGAGUACCGUGCGGCGGCGCGGUCCUUCUCCGACGCCUCGUACCGCUCGGGCAUGGACCCGCGCGCCCAGGCACCAAUGAGCCACAGCACGGAAGGGAAAAGCGAGCUGCAGAUGGAUGAGGAGUACCUGAGCGAGUUCCGCGUGAAGAACCACGGCAACCCCGCCAUCACGUACGCCGACAGGAUGGUGUCCAACAGCGAGGAGACGGUUGCCGCCAUCCGGGGCAUGGACAACAGCACGCAGGAGCUGUACAUCGUGGGGCAUCGCCCGGGCGAGGCUGGGUCGCCGAUGACGGCGGCGCUGGAGGACUGGAUGGAGUCCCCGGAGCUGGGGCCCAUUGGCGACAUGCUCGUGUCCUCGGACUUCUCAAUGGCGGUGUCGGUGCUGGUGGUACAGCAGUACGUGGUGGUCGACGCGCCCGUGGCCGCCGUGCCCGUACCCAGCGGCGGCGACCCGGUGCGCCAAUACGUGGGUAACGCUAACCAGCGGCCGCCGGCGGCGUCCACGGCGUACAGGGGGAGCCCGGCGUCGUCGACGACCAAUAGCAGAUGGUCUAGCGACACCGUAGGAUUCUGA